AGCUCCCUUACUCGCAUCUGCUUCCCUUGGCCCCUCCCCCGGAACUGAAUUACUGUGUCGUGAAAUGAUGCAUGUCUAAAAAGUGUGUCACCAACAUGAAAAGUUUGGAAAGCUCUGCCCUACACCCUCGCCCGGUCCAUCGGGUGAUAAUUCAGUUGUCUCCGCAGUCUGCCUUCGAGCAGUGCAAAAAAGAUAAUCCUUGGGUCUCUAGGUCUGGCCAAUCAGUAUCCUGAUGGGCCCGGUUGUGCCUCGGCUGGCUGGAACCUGGCGCAGACCUGCCAGUAAUCCUAGCCAGUCUUUUUCUUGGCUUAUUGUCCUGAUAGUUGUAAACACACUAUCUGGGGCGACUUUCCUCUCACCCUGAUGUAAACGAGAACAGAAAAACAAACUGGCACUUCUUCUGCCCUUAUAGUCCCAACUUUGUGGUACCCUUUUUCUUCAGCCUUGCUAUUAGGAUCUUUGCGGUACCUUCUAACUGCCUCUCCGCAGGUGCAGCUUCUGUUUCUCUCCCGGCCAUUCCUUCAGGGCUCUCUUCCCACCACAGAGUUGCUUCCCUCAGCCCGAGCUCCCUUGCUUCCUCAGCACCUCCGCCUCUCCCUGCCGCCGCCGCUGCGCGAGUCAGUCUCUUCCGGUUUCCUGUGUCCCCCUUUUGCCUGCUCGGCGUCUCCUCUCCUUUUCCCCUGGCGUUGCGGCUGACUCCCCUCCCCUCUCCUCUCCUCUCCUCUCCUCCUGCAACACCGGGUGAGGAAGGAGCCCUGUGGUCGUCUUCGCAGUACAGAACUUUCUGGUUUAUUGUGGAACAAAACUGAUCUUUUACAAGAAAGGAAGAAAGAAAAUGGCAUCCUUCUCAUGCUCUGGUUACAGUGUAAACUUCACUCUGUUGGAGAACUCUGUACAUCUCGGAGUAAACCUGGCGGACUGAUCACCCACCAGUGACUCCCCGUCGCCGACCUACCGACGUAGCCCCCGCUCUGCAUGCUCGUUAAGCCGUUCACGGACAUCUCAUUUCGUUCUCAGAAAGCUUUCCUCUUGUUCGGUUUGCAACUUGUUCGGUUUCUUCCUGUGCUGUAUACACCGACGGUACCACAAUGGAUAUUACAAGAGGAAACCUAGAUGAAAUUUCGAGGCCUGCCUCUAGCUCCAGAGCUCAUCUUGGUAGCCGAGCUUCAAGUGCAUCUUUGGAGGUGUUAACACCAGAGCCAUGCUUAUCAAAGGUGGAUUAUCAAGGUGAUUUGGAUAGUGAUCAUAAACAAGACAAUUCAGGAAAGAGCAGUCCAGAAGAAAACCAGUAUGAUAGUAGAGUGAAAUAUAAAACCCAGAAAAUGAGUACAUUGCAACAAACCAUGGAGGAGGAAACUACCUGCAUUUUCCAGCAGAUGCAGAAUUCUGAGUUGUCAGAAUACAUUUCUAGUUCAGAUUCUGGAGAGGAUUGUGUUGAAACUGAGCCUCCCAAUUUAAAUAAAGCUUCUCAAGAGCAGUCAUCUAAUGUAAAAGAAGAACUUUCUGAAGAAAAAGAUGUGGAUCCUAAGAUUGAAGAAGCUAUAAGAAAGAUGAAUAAACUGGACAAGAUAUUGGCAAAGAAACAAUCUCAAGAGAGAACAAUUAAAAAACAAGGCAGAGAAAUGAGGACAAAACUCUGGGAAGAACUUCAGUGUGUAAUCACUCUCAGUGCUUCAGGAAGUCAUGAGGAGAUAGAAAAUACAAAUACAUUUCUAGCUUUAACCUCAUCUUUGCAUGAGAGAGCUGACUGUCAAAAUGAAAUGGAAACCGGUGGCUUGUUCAAUAAAGCAGAAAAAUCACACUAUGGAAGUGACACCAAAAUUAAAAAAAAUCAGAAUUUUAUUAAAAAGAACAUUGAGUUGGCAAAGGAUUCAGGGAACCAAGUGGUUAUGCUUGAGGAAGAGAAGAAGAGGUUAAUUGAAUUAUUGAAAGAUACAGAAGAUGGAAAUGAACUUCAGGACACUGAGGAGGAUACAUCUGGUUGGCUAGUAGCUGGAGAAGGGUACACACCUGAACCAAUGGAAUUUCAUCACCUAAAUGAAAUAGAUGCUAAACUCCAAAUAAUAGUUUCUAAUGGGGAUUUCUCCGCAAUUCAUAGCUCCUGUUCUAAAGUUCCAAGCCAGAUUUAUCAGGAAUCUCUGGCUUAUACAAAUAGAAAUCUGGAAGCAGCCCCAGGUGAGAAGGUUCUACGAGAUGCUAAGGAACAACGUGAUCAACAAAUCCGGCUGAAAGAAAUAGAUCAACAGUUAAAAAACCUGCUGGGAAAUCUUCCUGAAGAGCUACCUUGUCUCUCUGAAGAACAGCUCAAGACCCUUCUGGAAGAAUGUAUGCAGUCUCAGAGAACAAUAAGCAAUGUUCCCAUGUCAAAAUCUCAGGAAUUGCUUUCUGAUGAAAAUUUUUUCUCAUGUUACACAACUCAAGAUGUUACCCUUCUCUCAAUGUCCACUCUUUCUAAUCCGUUGGGUGAAACCCAUAGUGUAAGGAUGUCAGCAGAUCAGGAGAAUGCUGGACUUGAGGACAAAAAUGAACACAAUUGUGCAGAGAAUGAAUCCCCAGGCUUCUGUCUCACCAAAGCAAUAGCUGAUAGUAAUUUAUCAAAGGAUUUGGUGGUCCAAACAGAAGAACCUAAUGACUUAGAAAGUCUACAGGAGAUUGCAGAUAAGAAUACUGCUGAAGGUUACUUUAUGUCAAGAGCACUCAGCACAAAAAGCCUGAAAAAACCUUUCUUGGAUGAACCAUUUUAUGGCAUCAGUGUGAACAAUGAGCUAUCCACAGAGACUGACAUUCCCAGCAUACCAUUGCAAACCAAAGGAGGAAAGAUACUGGAGCAUGAAAAAGCAACCCUACAAGAUCUCCUUUUUGUUUUCCUUCUCAAGAGAAAUAACGAAGUGACAAAUAUGAGGAUGAAAGAUUGGAGAAGAACAUAAGAUAAGUCAGGAAGCCAGUAUCUUUCUUUGCAGA